ACCCUGGGUGAGGAAAGAGAGGGGGACAGAGUGUGACAAACCUGCUGGGACUUGUUAACAUGGGCCUGGAUCCUCAGAACAAACACUUGGGUGUUGGGGAAGAAAAUUCCCUAAUUUGUGAAACAGGAAACAGACAAACCAACCCCCUGGGCAGGGCUGGGAAAACUGACCAGACUUCCAGUGCUGAGCCCUCAGCCUGCUAGCCAGGGGCUGGUGUGACAUGGAAAGGGGGCACCCACCAGGGAGGUGUAGGGAAGAUGUCCCAGCCCCUCACAUCCAGCUGCUGGCAGUGGGGAGGGUGUUGGGUUCCUACCAUGGGGUUGUAUCAGCCCCUGGCUAGUAGGUGUGUGAUGGAUCUGCAGGCAGAGACAAGGGGUCUCUCUUUGUUCUCUCACCGUGGUGCCCCGGCUGCUCUCAGCAGUGUGGGGAUAGGACUCUGCCGACUGUUUCUCUCUCAGAGCUUCCAUUUGAUUGGCUGCUUUCCCCCAUGAAUAGUGGGGCUGUGAGUGGGGCAGCAGGUACUGAGUGUUGGACUCUUGCUCUUUCAGGGCCGGUGACCUUUGAGGAGGUGGCUGUGUAUUUCAACAGGGAAGAGGGGGCUCAGCUGGACCCCACUCGGAGAGCCCUUUACAGAGACAUCAUGCAGGAGAAGUAUGAGAAUGUGACCUCACUGGCAGGGUUUCCAGUUUCCAAACCCUCUGUGAUCUCCCAGCUGGAAGGAGGGGAAGAGCCGUGGGUCCUGGAUCUCCAGGAUUCAGAGGAAAGCGAGAUCCUGAGAAGUCCCUGGAUGGGUGAGGAAACAUUAAACCAACCCAGAAACUCAGGUGAUGGGGUGGUGAGGGAGAGCAAGGAGCAGAAUCCUCACCAGGAAGAUGCUUAGCUCGCCGAAACACAUGGGGAAUUACUGCGAAGAUCCAAAGGGAAUGUGUCCAGCCCCGUGAGCAGGGAAAAGCUGAUGAAAGUUACCACAGUCCAGAGAGAGAGCAGGGAAACCACUCAGAGGAGAGAGUGGAUCAACCUAUUAAUUGUCAGGGAACUCACAGGGACCUCAAGGAAACUAUAUCCCAGGAGAGAAUCCUCACGGAAGAGCGAGAGAAUACGUGUAGUGAGUGUGGGAAAAACUUCAAUUACCACUCAGCCCUUAUUCGACAUGAGAUAAUCCACACAAAAGAGAGACCCUACAAAUGCUGUGAGUGUGGGAAAAGCUUCAAUCGUACCUCUGCCCUUAGUAGGCAUCAGCAAAUACACAGAGGAGAGAGACCCUAUGAAUGCCGUGAGUGCAAGAAACGUUUCACUCGUUUCUCCUCCCCUAUCUCUCACCAGGGAGUCCACAUGGGAGAGAAACCCUAUGAAUGCAGUGAGUGCUGGAAAAGCUUCUCUCAGAACUCAACCCUUAUUACACGUUACAGAAUCCACACGGGGCAGAGACCCUACGAAUGGUGCGAGUGUGGGAAAAGCUUCACUUGUAGUUCAGGCCUUUCUAAACACCAGAGAAUCCGUAAAGGAGAUAAACUUCAUAAAAACCUUC